GACGUAACUAAUUAUUUUUGUAACAAAGCAAAGACCGAUAUCCCAAUUAGAGUUUAUAGUAGAAAGGGCUUUAAAUAUUUGGUGACUCUGUCCUUCUUCCGUAUGUAACUGUUAAGGGACCUGAUAUAAUAAAUACAUACAUUGAUAUUACAUUUACAGAGUCACGGAUUCACACUCUUUAUCUUUAACUAUAAACACUCCCUUCCCUUCCAGUCCUUAAUGGCAUCCCUUUGAUAAUUUUCUUGAUAUUUUUAUUCGUGAACUUCAAAAUGGGUUGUUGUGUAAGCACAAAUGGAAGUUCAACGAAGGAUCGGGAUUUUCAACUGGGAUCUGCUGAUUCUUUGAAACACAAGUCAACUCUUGAAAGUAGAGCUCCUCCUCCUUCUGUUGAAGAAGAAACAGUUAAGGAAGUUCUUUCUGAAACUCCAAAGCUCAAACCGAUCAAGAAUUCACAACCACAACAACACCAUCAUGAAGAAACUCAUAACAAGAGCAAAAUUCAUAUUGAGCAGGCAUUUCUUGAUGAGAAAAUCAAACCAAAUGGGUUCAAGAAUGAGUUGGUUGCUUUUCAGGAAGAAGAGAUCUAUGAACAAGAAGUUUCAGAAGUUUGCAGCUUGAGCGAAACUGUGUCAACUACGACCUUCAAUAAUGACAAAAGAGAUGAAGAAUAUGACGACGACGACGAUGGUCGAUAUGGUGAAGAAGUUAAGCAAAGAGUAAAAAGAUCUCCGGUAGUAAAAUUACCUCCAAGAAACCGUUCAGUUUCAGGCGAUUUUGGUCCUAAGCGAGACCGGAUUGUCGGAAAAUCACCCAACCGGAGAACCGAGCAGUCGCCGAACAAAAGAAACAAUGCUGGUGGUGGUGCCGGUUCUGUUAGCUUGGUUCAAAGCAAGGAAUCGGGUAUAUACCAAGCGGGAAGAAACGGGUUGAGACCCGACCAGAAAAGAAAAGACCCAGGUGAAAGCUCAGGACGGAGGUCUAGGUCGCCAGCUACUAAUAGAUCUGUAACGGGUCGAAGCCGGUCAGCUAGGAGGACAAUUGCGUCUCCAGAUCGGGUUAAAACCGAACUGCCUGAAAAUGGGGGCAGUAACAUGGAGGGUAAGUGGCCAAGCACUUCUAGUACUACUUGUAAUAAUACAGCAAAUGAGUCACUUGAAAACCCACUUGUAUCCCUUGAAUGUUUUAUCUUUCUUUAGAAGGACAUAUUAUUCCGGCUGAAAAUUCUCGCCGGAAAUACUGUUUUCCGGUGAGGAUAAUUUGAUUUCUUAGUACAUUAAAUAUGCAAAUUUCUUUAUUAGGGAGUUGUUUAUUGUCUUUCCCUUGUGUGAAUAGAUAUAUUAUUUUACUUGCCUUGUUA